AUCAACAAACACAAAUCAUUGUCUGAAUUCAAAACACUUGGAAGCUUUUAAGGUUUGGUUUCACAUCUAAAAAAGUCAAAACACUUUUUAGUCAAACUCUGGAGAAUAAACUAUUUCCCUCUUUAAUGGAAGUCUCUGCUUCCUCAUUCCCAUACCUACAAGACGACGAGUGUUCCCAUCUCCUUGGUCUAUUUCAGGACAUGGACUCUGCUCCUUCUGGUUUCGAAUUCGAAGGUUUUGGUAACGACACUAACACUAAGAAACGCUCCAGAAAGGAAGAAGAAGAUGUGAAUGGUAGUAAUAAGGCUGCGUCUGGAGAUAUACUCGCGACACUUUUGGUAUUGGACGAGGAAGCUAAACAGCAACAAGAGCAUCAUCAGUGGGGCUUUGAAUCUAACCGAGAGGAGUCUCUUCUAGAAGCUAAUCACAAGGAGAGAGCGAGGACAAUGGAUAGUUACUACUACAACCAGUUGCAACAAGAAACCGAUGUUUCUCGUCCUAAACGACAACGUACAGCCGAUAUUGCUAGCGGUUCCGGGUCUGUACCGAAUCACAGGAGGUUAUGGGUGAAGGAGCGGACGACGGACUGGUGGGACAGAGUAAGCCGGCCGGACUUCCCGGAGGAAGAGUUCCGGCGAGAGUUUCGGAUGAGCAGACCGACGUUCGAUCUGAUAUGCGAGGAGCUUGACGCGACGGUGACGAAGAAGAACACGAUGCUCCGCGACGCGAUCCCGGCUCCGAAACGCGUCGCCGUCUGCGUCUGGCGUCUAGCCACGGGAGCUCCGCUACGCCACGUGUCCGAGCGUUUCGGGCUGGGGAUCUCCACGUGUCACAAACUAGUCAUCGAGGUCUGCCGCGCGAUCCACGAUGUGAUGAUGCCGAGGUAUCUCUACUGGCCUUCGGAUUCUGAGAUCCGAUGGACGAAAGAGAGGUUCGAGUCGGCGCACAAGAUCCCAAACGUCGUCGGAUCGAUAUACACCACGCACGUGCCGAUCAUCGCCCCGAAAGUCCACGUGGCGGCGUAUCUCAACAAGAGGCACACGGAGAGGAGCCAGAAGACGACGUACUCGAUCACGGUCCAGGGGGUGGUCAACGCCGAGGGGAACUUCACCGACGUCUGCAUAGGGAACCCGGGAUCGCUCUCCGACGAUCGGAUCCUGGAUAAAUCGUCGCUCUCGCAGCAGCGGGCGGCGCGUGGGAUGCUACGCGACGGGUGGAUCGUCGGGAACGGCGGGUUCCCGCUGACGGACUGGCUUCUGGUGCCGUACGCGAGAAGCAACCUGACGUGGACGCAGCACGGGUUCAACGAGAGCGUGGGAGGGAUCCAGAGGGUGGCGAAGGAGGCGUUCGAGAGGUUGAAGGGGAGGUGGGCUUGUCUGCAGAAGAUGACGGAGGUUAAGCUGCUGGAUCUUCCGUACGUGCUCGGUGCUUGCUGCGUGUUGCAUAACGUUUGUGAGAUGAGGAAGGAGGAGAUGGCGCCGGAGCUGAGGUUCGAGGUGUUUGAUGAUGUGACGGUGCCGGAGAAUAAUAUAAGAUCUGCGGCUGCGUCUAGCGCGAGGGACCAGAUCUCUCACAAUCUCUUGCAUCGUGGCCUCGCCGGGACAGGGACUCUGUAACUAAAUGUUGGACUCUCUGUUUUGUCUUGGAACUGAUUUUAUUUUUUUUUGCAAAAUUCUUUUUCCAGAUUGGAUACAAAAACAAUAGUUGAUUUGAGUGUAGUCAUUGGCUUAUAUAAUAGUAGCAAUGUGUAAUCUUUAGUUCUGUAUUGUUCUCUAUACAAAUUGAAUUCGAAACCUUCAAAAGCA